AUGGUUGAUGACUUUGAGCAUAUUGAUGAAAACAUUAGACAUAGAUAUGACCAAUACUUACAGGACAAAAUCGAUACAAAUGAUGCAGAUGUUAACUAUACAGAGAGUAGCGUUUUGUUGCCAUGGGAACGCGGCUUACCAGUAUGCACGACAUCGACAGCGUCAACAUCAACGACUACCACAAAGGCUACCACAACGACUUCCACAGCGUCUACUGGAUUUGUAGUUACAGCAACGUCUGUGGUGACAACAAAAAGAGCAUUGACUGGUACACAUACUAGCAGGAAGACAGCGUCAACACCAACGACUACAACAACAUCUGCUGGAAUUGUAGUUACAGCAACGUCUGUGGUGACAACAAAAAGAACAUUGGCUGACUGGAGUUGGGAUAUGAAGGAGAGGAAGUUACGUAACGUUGUUAAGGAAGUGCAGGCUAGGGAACAGGAGAAAGGACAUAGUAGUUUAGAGGGAGAGAAAGAUAGAUUAGAGCAGAGAAAUAAGCGCAGAGGCAGAGAAUGA